UCUUAUAGUAGUUUCUAACGACAAACCUUAAUAACUUUAACACUAAUAAACUUAUCUUUGAUAACCACCAUUUUUCACACUCCUUCGUAAAACAGAAGAAAGGGAUAGUAAAUGGUAUAUACGUAUCUGUGCACGAAAGUUGUAACCCUGCUGCUUUUUUGCAUUGUCUAAAAACGGGAUCUUUUUCCCGUUCUUUUUCUUUAUUUAUUUCUCCGACAGUAGCAUCCAUCACUAAACAAGGUCUCAACAUCCAGUAGUUCUUUGGAACGAAGCUGCCUCAGUGUUUCUUCAACGAAUAAGAAGAAUGAGCAAUGGACUUCUCAAGCAAGCAUUUCGUGAGCGAGGAAUUUAUUUGAAUGAAGCAUGGGUCCAAGCAGUUGUUCGUCAUAGAGCAGCUCAAGGACAAUCAAUGCAGCCACAGAUGAAUGAUGUUAUGCCUUUUUUUCUAGCCUCAGACAUACGUGCUUCAACAACAAAUGAGGGUGCGGCUUCUGUGUCUGUUGCGGAUGAACAUGGUAAAACACUUACUGGUUUCACACUUGUUCAAGUUGUGCGCGUUGAAGAAAUAGGAAAGAGUAUAAUCUCUCAAAUUGAGUACCUGAACCAAUGGGAAGAGCGGAAACGUUUAAAAGGACAACAGAUCAUUCGUCUAGUUCAUGAGGGAAACGAGGAAGAAGACAAAGACACCACUGAUUUAGAUGACAGCGGUGUUGGUGAAGCCCAAGAUGCGCUGAAGGGCGCAAAAGAGUUUAAGUCUAUUUGUAAGGUCAUUCUUGAAGAUGCCCAAGGGCAGCGGUUCUAUGGACUGGAAAUAAAACCAGUACAUGGCAUCUGGCUCGGGAUGGCUUUAGGAACAAAAAUGCUUAUUACGAAUGCUCGCAUUCAUCGAGGUGUUUGUCUUCUCACACCCGCAUCUACGAGAAUUCUUGGAGGUGAGAUUGCACUGUGGAAUAAUGAUUAUUUCCCAACAAAGUUACGCGAAGAGCUCAAGGCCAAACUUCAAACUUCACAUAAGUAAUGUCCUUAAAAAUUACAUUCUAAAAUUACAGUACAGCUUCUACACCGCCUUUUCUUUCAUUUGAGAAAACGCAGGUAAUAACAGUGUUCGACGAUGGUCUUUCAAACUCGAUACCUUGCGUUUCCUAAGCUCAAGCGCAGCUCUAUAGUUUUUAAGACCAAGCUCGCACAUACCAACGUGCUCCAAGUCGCUCUGGGAAAUCCAAUAAAACUCUUUUUGCACUUGAAGUUUCUGGUCGGCGAGAACAUAAAACACAUGGCUCGUUUUAUGGAUGUGAGUGAAUAUAUGCGUUGAUCGACCGCACGAUUGAUACUUUUUUAUAUACUGACGAUUUUCCGAAGAUAUCCAACUUGAAAGUGCAUUGUCAAAUGCAAGUUGCAUAUCUUUUGGCCAAGGAUCUUCGCCAAUUUCAACUGUAGGAAGGUCCCACAAGCCAGCUAGUAGUCCGCCUGUUGGGCGUUUACGUAUAAGGAAAUAUUUCUCGUCCGUUUCUGAGUUUUGACUCUGAAACACCACAACAAUGGCUCUCUCUAUUCGUUGCUUCACUUUUGGCGGCCGCAGUGGAUAACGAGAUUGAAUCCAAAUUUCUGCACUUGUAUAGGGCGGAUCCGGUUCACACAGUGAGCAUAUCUCACAUGUAUUUUUACUAAUGCUCUGGUGUGAUUGACAAAUGAUGUCUUCAACGUCUCGUACACUAUUAUCCGUUUGCUCAAUUGCUAUCUUUUCUUGGUAAGCUUUACAAAUAUUAGAAACGGGGCAACCGGGACAGUUAAAUGUUUGUGGUGUGCAAGUGACAGCACCUAAUUCCAUUAGCGCUUGAUUAAAAUUGCCUGGAAAGUUCGGAUCUACUAACAAGUUUGCCAUUUGCCUAAUAUCAUACAUUAGCUGUGGGUGUUCAAUAGCACCACGCGUCUUACGUACCAAACGAAAGCAUUAGGUUUGCCUUUCGUAACGUUACAAUGCAAGGCGAGCAACCGACUUAAAACCCUCUGAACAUUACCAUCCACAACUCCCGUAGGGAUUCCCCAAGCGAUACUUAGGACCGCCCCAGCAGUGUAAGGACCUACACCAGGGACAUUUUUAGCCAGUCGUUCUGGAGACGUUGGAAUCUCCUCGGCUGGUAGUACUGCUAAGUAUUUACAGGCACUGUGAAGUCGUUUGCAUCUGCCGUAAAAUCCCAUCCCGGACCAUAGAGGCAUUACCUCAGUAUCGUAGUCUGCUUGGGCACAGUGAAGAAUGGUAGGGAGAGUUUUCAUCCAUUUGUCGUAGUAUCGUUUUACUGUCUCCACACGAGUUUGUUGCAGCAUGAUUUCCGAGACUAGCACCUCAUAGAAUCUUUGCACAGCUAAUUUUUUACGGUCAUCUGGGUCAUCUUUCUGAGGAGGUUUAUAUGGGUCCUUACGCCAAGGGAGGUUCCUUUUCGUAUUCUCGUAAAAAUCUAACAAUUGUUUACGGAAGGACUUGACUUCCGCAUCAGACAACAAGUGAUAACAGUUGUUAUGCAUGUAACUAUACUGAUGAGAUUGUUUUACGUUUAGUCUCGUAUACUACAGACUCUAUGACCGAGUAAUUAGACCACAACUAUUGGCGGUAGUAAAUUUUGUUCCAUCCAUAUUCACACCUAUGAACGUC